UGUGAAGAGUUAUCUAUCUUUGUUUUCCUUCAGUCACUCAGGAAAGUACCAGCCCGACCUGCCUCCUGUCCUGGACAGCUACAGAGGAACACAGAGCAGAACACAGACAUAAAGACGUCCUCGUCGGAUGCAGACGCAACACACACACAGCAGUGUUCUGAGGUUUCACAGCAGAGGAAGCCAAGAGGACAAACACACACAGCGGCUCCAUCUCUCUCUUCCUGCACGCCCUCUGCUGCAUCUCAGGGGACUGAGGUUGCUCUACCCGAGCCUCUCCCCCCCCACGGCCGGACGUUGCAGAUUGAUGAUGCCUCAGCAGUCAAUGGAUCGCUGUGAGGUUUCAGAGAACUACCACCAUCAUAGCCCGGGGGCCCAGGGGAGCCAGCGGCGCCUGGUCAGUGGACUCCUUCUCUGGGUCGGUCUCCUCACCGUCAGCCACGUGGUCUCCAUCACCCUACUCGUCAUCACCAGGCCACACGCACUGCCUCUGCCAGAAAUAGUUUCAGCUCCAAAACCCACAGCAGACUCAUCUCUGAGCAUACCCCUGGAGCCACAAAGAGUGCCAUGGCAAAUGCUCACCUUUGAACCCACAAGUAUAGAUGAUAAUGAUGUCUCGGUGGCGAGAAGUGGGAUCAAGUGGAAGACGCAGUCCAAGGCAAAUAAUUUUGUCUCCCUAAAGGGCGGAUCCCUGACCAUCAACCAGGAUGGUUGUUACUUCCUGUAUCUUCAGGUGACUCUGGAGACACCAGAGGUGUCUGGACAGCACAUAGUGAGAGUGAACAAGCCCAACAGAGUCCUGCUGGAAGUAAGGAUAACCAACACCUCCCUCAGCACAGGGUUCCUGGGCAGGGCUGUGGAUCUAGCAGCCUCUGACACCCUCACAGUCACUGUCUCCCCUGGUGCCAGGAUCAACACCACCUACACCGCCACAUACCUGGGCAUCAUAGGUCCAAAAUUAUAUCUGUAGAUUCUAUUGGAUAUAGACACUCCUGUCUUCAUAGACACAUGCUGGGGGCUAGAUCUGGGAGUCAUUUGGUAGGGGUUGAUUGAAUAGAUCCUGGGGAUCUGGAGUUAACUGGGAUCAACCCAUCAUCUCACCACCUGUCAGAGAGAGGGAGUAGUGGUGAAGAUCAUGUGGGAGACACCGUAUAUUUGACUGAAACUGAUUCAGUCCGACUCCCUGCUCAUCACAGAAGAUUAUUCCACUCCUUUAUCCUCUACCUAGCCUUCCAACUGGUUUUCAGCUGCAAGGAUUUUCUUUCCAGAAUUCUACUGAUUUUUUUAUUUAAUUUUUAUUUAACCGUUAUUUAACUAGGCAAGUCAAUUAAGAACAAAUUCUUAUUUUCAAUGAGGGCUAACCAAAAUGCAAAAGGCCUCCUGCAGGGAAGGGGGAUUAAAAAUGUAAUAUAAUAAUGCGUCUUGUAAUGUUGGAAAAAUAUGUUUAAAAGUAUUGGUCAUCAUGGGUUAUGGGUUGUUACUUUAGCAUGUUUCUCUCUUGGAUGAAGCAGCACUGUUUUAUCGCUCAGGAUUAUCGUUAGUAUGUUUUUCCGGUAAAUAUUGUUUUUUAAGCUAUGAAUGAGGGGAUUGUUUUAUCAAGUCAUGUGCACAGAGUUGUUGAGAGAAUGCACAGUAUCAACAUAUCUUUAAUGAUUACUUUAAUAUUUGCGUACUGCUUUGUAUUUAAAAUAUUAUUUUUAAAAUAUAUUUAUGUCUUAUUACAAUAUUAUCUAAUUAUUAUUUUCUUAUUUAUUUUCUAUAUCUAUUUUGAAGGACAUUUUGAGUAUGUUGUAGGAUGAGAUGUAGAGAUAAUCAAUGAAUGUAUGUCACUAACCAGGUUUCCAUUCAAUCGUUUUAUGCGAGUAAAUUACGUCAGGUAAAACAUUUAAUGACAUGCCUGAUGAAAACAGAACAUGUUUCGGUAAACCUUCCAAAUGUAGACAAAACAAAAUACGCUAUACAAGGUGGGAUCUUUUUGUGUCGGUAAAAUUAGUUAUGCGAGAAAUGGCAGUGGAAACACCUUUAUGCGCAAAUAUUGAUGUAAUAACCAUUAUAUCGAAGUAAACUUGGAGUCACGCCAUGAUAAAAGGUGUGGUUCUCCCACUACGACUCGGGAAAGCAUGCAGUUCAUUAGGCUACAGAUUACAUACAUUAUGAUGAACUUCACAGGGUGGUGAAUGUGCAUGGUGAUGCUCCUUUCCAAUAAAUAUCGAGGGUCUUCUUCUGGUGACAUGAUGAUCGAUUAUUGGCUGCCUUUUGACAAAUACAAAUACUAUUGCUCUUAUCCAAUAAUCGCAUAAUGUUGGUAGCCUACCGCACUGUAUCUGCGAGCUGUUGGCUCGAGCGCAUGUUCCAAGAUCAGAGUGCACAUUUCCUACUCCAUCAGUAGAGUUGAAAAUGCGAUGGAAACCCAUUUUCCAUUCGGUAGGCUACAUGGGAAUUUAACGGCAGAAGUUAUUGUUAUCUGCACUACGUCCUCAAGCACAGCCUUUUACCCAUCAAAAAAAGUAUGUUUGAUGGACACAUCCUUGGCGGGGGAAUGUACAUAUCGUUUUAGCAGAUUUUAGAAUAUUAGCAUGAAAAUCUAUCGCAAAUUGGAUGGAAACCGACUUUAUAGCGCCAAAUAAACUAGAAUAAAAUGUACGUUGUUACGAAUUCCACAACGGAAGUUCCCGCUGGGAAACAGGAAUGCAAUCUGUUAUAUUAAGAAAGCACUGGAUUGUUUUCUCUCCAAACAAAUAAAUGAAGUACAGUAUUUGACUUGUAUAUGGCUUUUAUUUCACCUUCAACUAUUGUUUGUUGAAGCCAAAAUGACAGAAAUGUGGACUAAUUCAUGACAUGUUGUGAAAUUAUAUGAAAUAAAGCACACAUAGAUUUAAGUCUAAUUGUGUCAU